AUGAACCAAGAAAAAUCUGCUGAUGUUGCCAGUGGAAUCACCCAAUACUUUGGGCUGCCGGAGGCAGAAUUGAAGGAGCCCCUAGUGUGUCACGUUAUGCAAAUUCUCAACAUAUCAGAAUCAAAAGAGAAAGCUCUUGAGGAAUGGAGAUAUUAUCAGAACCCAAACACAGCGCCUUUCGAGAGGAUGGAGCACGUCUACCGACCUAUUAUCUACGGGAUAGACUUGGAGACCCCUGAGCCUGAACAAAAAGCGCGUUCCGUAAAAGCCACGUAUAAGCUCCUUCUACGGGACUGCUUUGGGAACUACUUCUAUGCAAUAGAGCUAGAAGAACUACCUUUUCUACGCCCAGGCACCAACACAACUAAAACGCCUCUACCCAUCCCCCUUGGUGGCUGCAUCACUCUCGGAAAAGGAACCCUCAUAGCCGAUGGAUUUGUAUUGAUGAAGAAGCACCUUUGUACGUAUCAGGAACCAGACCCCUUCUCAGAAUUGACAAAGUCACUAAAUGAGAAUUUGGUUGGAAAAAAUAUCGAGAUGAUUGAGCAUUUACUCAACGACCUAAAGUAG